CAAUCAGGUGCGAAUCCACGAUGUCCAUACUCUUACUUGAGGUUCUCUAGUCGUGUACACGUGACAGGCUCUGACUUUUGCAACGUUUUCCGGAAAAUUAUAUCUGAAGGAAUAGCAGGUAUGGCUAAGAGAACCCAACCAGCUUGGCAUCUGCCAGAUAGAAAAGAUAGUACGGUGCUUCGGUUAUACAACAGUUUAACGAGAGAAAAAGAGAUUUUCAUUCCGCAGUUUGGAAAUCGCGUUUUGUGGUACAGCUGUGGGCCUACUGUUUAUGAUGCGUCACAUAUGGGCCAUGCAAGAUCAUACAUAUCUUUUGACAUCCUACGUCGUGUACUGUCCGACUAUUUUGGAUACGACGUUUUGUACGUAAUGAACAUUACUGAUAUAGAUGAUAAAAUCAUAAAGAGAGCAAGGCAAAAUUUCCUGUACGAAAAAUAUGUGGAGGAAAAUCAUAAUCUCAAUGAGAUGCUGCAUGAUGCGAGAGAGGUAUUGCAUGUUUUUGAGAAUAUAGUGAAAGAUACAACCGAUACGGACAAGCUGUGCAUAUUGGAGAAUAUGUUGUCCAAGGUGACAAAAGCUGUUAAAAAUCUGGAGCAAGCUGUUAUAGAGAAGGAUGAGAAAAAAAUAGCAGAAUUCCAAGAGGCAUUGUUGAAGGAGGCUAAAGAUCCUUUAGCCGAAUGGCUAGAUAAAAAGGAAGGUAGCACUAUCACAGAGCACUCAAUAUUUAAUAAAUUAUCUCAACAUUGGGAAUCUGAAUUUCAUAAAGAUAUGGACGCUUUAAACGUAUUGAAACCUAAUGUACUGACGAGAGUUAGCGAAUAUAUCCCCGAGAUAAUAGCAUAUAUAGAGCGAAUAAUAGAAAACGGGCUUGCUUACGAGAGCAACGGGUCAGUGUACUUUGACGUGGGCAGAUUUGACAGGCAGGAGAAACACUCUUACGCCAAACUCGUGCCGGAAGCGUACGGUGAUACGUCAAGCUUGCAAGAGGGAGAAGGCGACUUGAGUACCACGGAAGACAGACUUACCGAGAAGAGAUCUGUCACCGACUUUGCGCUGUGGAAAAACUCGAAGGCGGGCGAACCCUGGUGGGACAGUCCUUGGGGCAAAGGUCGUCCAGGGUGGCACAUCGAGUGCUCGGUCAUGGCGUCGGUUAUCUGCGGCGAAAGUUUGGACAUCCACACAGGCGGCGUAGACCUAAAAUUUCCCCAUCACGACAACGAGCUUGCCCAGGCGGAAGCCUAUUUCGAUAACUCGCAUUGGGUCAGGUACUUCCUGCACUCUGGCCACUUGACCAUAGCCGGCUGCAAGAUGUCAAAGUCGCUCAAGAAUUUUAUAACGAUACAAGACGCCCUGCAGAAACACUCGGCGAGACAGCUUAGGCUCGCGUUUCUCCUGCACUCGUGGAAGGAUACUUUGGAUUACAGCGACAAUACUAUGAACAUGGCUGUGCAAUACGAGAAAUUUCUCAACGAAUUUUUCCUGAAUGUAAAAUGUAAAAUUCGAAGUCUGGGAACGAAAACUACUAUCAGUAGCUUCACUAAAUGGUCUAACCACGAAAUGGAGCUGAAUAAAAAAUUUCACGAUGCCAAGCAUUCUAUAGACAAAGCAUUAUGCGACAAUAUCGAUACAAGAACUGUUCUGGACAUAAUACGAGAACUUGUAGCGAAUUGCAACGUGUACACGAGCCAAAGUAAGAAUCCGAAUACAUUGCUCCUCAGGGAUAUCGCUGUGUAUAUUACAAAAAUGUUUGUCAUUUUCGGAGCUAUAUCUUCUUCGUACGAUUUGAUCGGAUUUCCAAUUGGUGAUGAAGCAGUUGGUACAAAUGUUGAAGAGACUAUUAUGCCAUAUGUUGAGAUUUUGGCGAAUUUCCGGGAGAAAGUACGAAAUUGCGCGAAAACUUUGAAAGCGAACGAUAUUCUGCAAGAGUGCGACAGGUUGCGUGACGAUGUUUUGCCAAAUGUUGGAAUACGAUUGGAGGACAGUAGUGAAGAAGUUUGCAAAGUGAAAUUAGUUAACAGGGAAGAGUUGUUGAGGGAGAAAGAGGCUAAGAAGAAGCUAGAGCUCGAGAAAGCUAUGGAGAAGGAAAAGAAAAAAGCGGAAGCCACCGCUGCGGCGGCAGCAAAGGAAGCGCAGAAGAAAAUACGGCCUUGUGACAUGUUUAAAUUGGAGAAAGAUAAAUAUUCUCAAUUUGACGAAACGGGAUUGCCGACGCACGACGCUGAAGGAAACGAAAUUAGCAAAGCCUUACUUAAGAAACUGCAAAAGUUACAAAAAUUGCAAGAAAAACGAUACAACGAAUACCUAGCAGCGGAGCAAGUCGCGGUUUAACUUGCAUACACGGUGGCGGACAACUGUAUCGUACACGAAGACAACAAUCAUUGGCCAGUACACAUGAAAUGACAUAAAAAAACAAAUUAGAAUUGAAUUGAUAUAUAAAAUUAUGUGUUUAAAGCUUUGUUCUAAAAGCUUUAAACUAAUGCACUCGAUUUAAGCGCCGCAAGUUUUCAUCAGUAUCUUUACGAAUAAGUAUUUUCAGUUUAGUAAGGCAGCAAGUAAUUGCGUUCAAAUAAUUAUUUUCUAAUCUAUUUAUUCAAAUUGCUUUUUUUAUAAAUAUAAGUACAUACUUAUAAGCUUUUUUUACAUGUAUAAGUAUUUAUUAGGUCAUUGCACUAAUAUAGGAUAUUUAGUUAAUGUUUAAUAUUAACUAAAUAAAGGAUAUUUCAUGCAACAUUAUCGUAACUUGUCAUUUUCUAAAAUGAGUCAGCUUCGUUCUAAGGUGCCUACGUGUGUUUGGUGUAAUAAAUAUGGUGUAAUAAAUUAAUAUAAAUAUAAAUGGUGUAGGAAAAA